GCGCAGCGUCGGUCAAUGGCGGCUUGGAGAGACGGGCGGAAGCUACUUUUGCAAUAUGGCGGCCGAGACAGACGGUCCUCUCAAACGGGCGCUGGUGCCGCUUCUCUUACCUGAGAAAUGCUACGACCAAAUUUUCGUCCAGUGGGACUUGCUUCACGUCCCCUGCCUCAAGAUUCUCCUCAGCAAAGGCCUGGGUCUGGGCAUUGUGGCUGGGUCGCUCCUGGUCAAGCUGCCGCAGGUGUUCAAAAUCCUGAGAGCCAAGAGUGCCGAAGGGUUGAGCCUUCAGUCGGUGAUGCUGGAACUAGUGGCACUGACGGGGACCAUGGUGUACAGCAUCACCAACAACUUCCCCUUCAGCUCGUGGGGUGAAGCCCUGUUCCUGAUGUUCCAGACAGUCACCAUCUGCUUCCUGGUCCUGCACUACAGGGGACAGACUGUGAAAGGUGUCACUUUCCUCGCGUGCUAUGCGCUGGUCCUGCUACUGCUGCUCUCCCCACUGACGCCCCCGGCCCUCGUCACCCUGCUGCAGGCCUCCAACGUGCCUGCGGUGGUCGUGGGGAGGCUGCUCCAGGCAGCCACGAACUACCAGAACGGGCACACAGGCCAGCUCUCAGCCGUCACCGUCUUUCUGCUUUUCGGGGGCUCCUUGGCCAGAAUCUUCACCUCCAUUCAGGAGACCGGCGACCCCCUCCUGGCUGGAACCUUUGUGGUCUCUUCCCUCUGCAACGGCCUCAUCGCUGCGCAGCUGCUCUUCUACUGGAACGCAAAGGCCCCGCACGAGAAGAAAAAGCAGUAGGGCUGAGCUGCCUGCGGGAGCGCGUUCCGGGUCGCCGGGCGUCCACCCCACCUCAGGGUCGUUCCCGCCCGGAACCAGUCCGCGGGUGGGACCUCUCCUCGUUCUUCAUUCCUCUGCGAUUGUGAAAGUCUCGAGCCAGGGUUGUAGUGGGAAUGCGGAUCCUCGGGAAGGGGGUGGGGAUUUUCAGGCUGACACCUCGCACUGUCCCGCGCAAGUACUAGUAACUCACUUAACCGUGUUUGGCGGAGACUCGUCCUCAGCUCAGCAGCGGGUAUUCCGGGGUGAAGGAGUCGGCCCUGCCCUCCCCAUCUCCCCACUUCCCCGUGGCCCCAGAGGGCAGAGCCUGGCCAAUGGAAGCAGCUGGGGGCCUGGGGCUGCGCCUGUCCCCGAACCUGGUUGGGGUUGGGACGGUCUCCAGGACCCCGGUGCUGGGUGGGGGGCGGGGAGGGGGUGGAGAAUGACUCAGGCAGGGCCCCAGGGUGGGGUGAGGAGCUUCCUGCUCUGGCAGGUCCGGGCGGAAGGGAGCGGAGACUGCUGGCUGCUGCUGCGUGAGGGGGGCGCAGACACGGGGCAAUAAAGACUCCGAGACACGGUUUAAUUGUAAAAA